AUGUUUUGUGCCGCGUAUAAAGGAAAGACUGCCGCGGAGCGAAAGCAGCACAUUGAGGCGAGUAAUUUAUGCUUCAAUUGCCUCGGGAAGCAUAAACUGAGCGAAUGCGUGUCGACGCGGACCUGCUCUGUAUGCGAUGCCCGACAUCAUACGAGCCUCCACGACGCGUACUCCGGCGGAGAGGUGGCUAAGACUUCGCAUCUCGCGCAGAAAACCCUCGAGAAGCCGGUGGCGGUACUUCUCGCUACCGCUCGUAUCCGCGUGCGCGAUCGUUUCGGGAUAGAGCACACCGCGCGAGCGCUCGUCGAUCAAGGCUCCGAAUUAUCUCUCGUCUCGGAAUCGCUGGUACAGCGAUUGAAACUGCCCCGCGCGCCUACCUCGGUCGCGGUGUUCGGCGUCGGCGGGAAGCGUACGGGUCGCGCUCGAGGCCUCGUGGCCUUGGAUAUCUCGCCUCGAGACGGCGGGCCAGCCAUUUCGGUGUCGGCCUUAAUUCUACCUCGGCUCACUCUCUACGGCGGCGGAGUCUCUGCGGAUCGUGCGACGUGGCCGCAUCUCCGCGGGCUAGAGCUUGCCGACCCCGACUUUGCGGCCUCGGACCCGGUGGAAAUUCUGCUUGGAGCUGAUGUAUUCGCCGCGAUCCUCCAGCCGGGCUUGCUAAAGGGCGAACCGUUCGAGCCGGUCGCACAAAGAACGACGCUGGGAUGGAUUAUCUCGGGCGCCGCCGGUCAGGCGACCUGCGCUCAGAGAUCGACGACUCUGCAAUGCCACAUCAUUGAAGAUCUUUCCAGCAUCGUGAAGAGAUUCUGGCAGCAGGAAGAGCUACCGGGCGGCGUACUCGCGCUGACGCCCGAAGACCGUGAGUGCGAGAACUUCUUCUCCCUCACACAUUCCCGGAACGCGGACGGUCGUUACAUGGUGAGACUCCCGAUCGUGGACCAGUUGCCCGAUCUCAGGGGAACGCGCAGCUCGGCCUUACGAGCCCUGGCGCACAUGGAGAGACGAUUCGCCCGAGAUGACAAAUUGAAGCAGCUGUACGUCGAGUUUAUGCGGCAGUACGAGGAGCUUGGACACAUGACGCCGGUGGCUCCGGAGGACAAAACGAAGAGACGU